AUGAAACGCGUUCACGCGAUCCUCUCCGCUGGGGAGUCGCCCAUUCAAUUUUAUAAUUACGAAAUUGCUAAUGGAGCAGAGCCGGCGACGACGGAGCUCGCGACGACACAGGUCCCGCCUGGGGACACUUCUCCUCCGAAAGGAAGACCUCGUUAGGAAAGGACUGGCACGGUUCCUGUUUACGAUGCGAGAAAUGUAACAAAACCUUGACACCUGGUAGCCAUUCGGAACACGAGGGCAAACCUUACUGUAAUCAUCCGUGUUACUCUGCUCUGUUUGGCCCCGGAGGUUUCGGUCGAGGCGGUGCCGAGAGUUACAUUUACAAAAAGUGAAAAACCCUGGGGACUUCGUGCCGAUUUAAUACUUAUUGUUAAUCCAACCGCGUUACCUGUACUGUAGGAAGUAAAUUUAAUUGAUAAUAGGCAUCUAAGUUUGUCUAAGCGUGUAAUGUUUUUUGCAGGAAUUGUGAAACGUAUGAUUGCAAGAUAUGGAAUACUUGGGAUAAUUAAUUUUUUAUAAGGUUGUAUGUUGUAUCAUGUAUCUGUUUACUAGUUAUGAAGUUGAAUAAAAAUUUAACAAUACCAGUUUAAA